AAUUCCUGUUUCCUAGACAACCCUCAACCCUCAGCAGCCGUUGAGAAGCUGUUUGGGGCGCAUCGCGAAGGAGAGGGUGAUGCACGGCGAAGAUAGAUGAAAAGGGCGUUUUAUUGGCUAGUGGACUUGAAGGAGGCGUGGUCCCUGGGUCUGCGGCGGUUGGCUGCUGCGCAAGCGCGAGAGCCCGGCGGGACCUGUCCCUCUGCGCUCGCUCGGGACUGUAGCCCAUGGCCGCCCCUCUGCGUCCCGUGCCGCCACAGCCCGCCCCGCGCCGCCUGCCGACCACAGCUCCACUAGGCCAUGACACGAGCGACGUCCUGCAGCAGAUCAUGGCCAUCACCGACCAGAGCCUGGACGAGGCUCAGGCCAGAAAGCAUGCCCUGAACUGCCAUCGGAUGAAGUCUGCUCUCUUCAGUGUGCUCUGCGAGAUCAAGGGGAAGACUGCCGUGAGCAUCCAGUUUCAGGAAGAGGACCCUCCCGAUGCCCAGCUGCUGAGGUUGGAUAACAUGCUGCUGGCUGAGGGUGUGUCCAGGCCAGAGAAGAGAGGCCGAGGAGCAGCAGCAGGCAGCACAGCAACACCAGGUGGCUGUCCAAAUGACAAUAGCAUUGAGCACUCAGACUACAGGGCCAAGCUGUCCCAGAUCCGACAGAUUUACCACUCUGAGCUAGAGAAGUAUGAACAGGCCUGUCGUGAGUUCACCACACAUGUCACCAACCUUCUCCGGGAACAGAGUAGGGUGAGGCCUGUGUCUUGCAGGGAGAUGGAACACAUGGUGAACACCAUCCAGAGCAAGUUCAGUGCCAUCCAGAGGCAGCUGAAGCAGAGCACGUGUGAGGCUGUGAUGACUCUACGCUCACGGUUCCUGGAUGCCAGCAACCCUUACCCCAGUGAAGAGACCAAAGAAGAGCUGGCCAGGAAGGGUGGCAUCACAGUGUCCCAGGUCUCUAACUGGUUUGGCAACAAAAGAAUCCGGUACAAAAAGAAUACAGGGAAGUUUCAGGAAGAAGCCACCAUGUACACAGGGAAAGCAUCCACAGUCACCAAGGCCCGGCGUCCCAGGGGUCAGAGCAGCUGCCAGUCCACACCCAGCCCAGGUCCCUGUGGCCCCUUGCCACUGACCAAUGGAAGUGACGUGGUUCUCACUCUGCGGACCCUGGCCUUCCUCCAGCCCCCCACUGGGGGAGUCUGCCUACAGCCCCUGGUCCAUAGUAACUGGCAGAGGGCCGCCCCACAGCCAGCCUCAUCACCUGCGGGAGAGUCUGGCAGCUUCAAUUGGGAUGCUGCAUCUAAUUAAGUUUCUGGCACCUGGCUGAGUGCCAUAGGUGACUGGCCCUGUGUCCUGCUGAUGACCUCAGAAGUCCUGGCUGCGGCUUUGCCCUUUUUCAGGCCACUUGCCUCCCCACCUUGGUGUGAUUUUUUUUUUUAAAGAAACAUCAGUUAAGUGACUGACAGUGGACUGUUCAUUCUGAGCACCCGAUUAAAGUUUUGACCUGUUUGCA